UCCCUGUGCUUCUCAGAAAAUACUUUAAGCAUUGGUAAUCUAUAAAAUUUUAUUGCAUCAUUUGCAUUCUAUAUUUAGUACUACUUUAAUAAAUGGAUAUUCUUCAGAUAGUGCUAUCGUUAAAAUCCAGUUUAAAUAGUUUCAAAAUUCAUGCAUCAAUAAUAAUAAUAAAAACUAAAGGAAAUGAUAAUAGAACGAACACGGGAAUUGCAUAAUGAUAAUAAUAAAAUACAAAAAACCAAAAAAAAAAAGAUAAUAAUAAAAUACUAAUGUUAUUUGGUGUAGUUUUUUCUCUCUAGCUUUCUUUGCCAGAUAUUUUGGACCGUGUGCUCUUCCCAAAUAAAAACCUCUUCUUUCACAUGGUUAAAAAUGGGAUGGACCCUAUGAAUGAUUGAUAAACGUGUAUUUACAAAAAGAUAUGUAAUAUAUUGUUAUAUAUACCAUGUGAUGUAUCACCUACAAAGACAAACAGAACAUUCGUAAUUUUUGUCAUUCGGCUAACUUAUUUAUAUCUCAGGCAAUGGGAGAGGAAAAAAAUAGGGGUGUGGCAGAAGUAAUGGCAAGGGGAAAACUUCUACGUAUGAAAGCAGGAAAUGGAGAAUGCAGUUAUGCCAGCAGCUCCACUCUUCAGGGCCAAACACCCUUUUCACAGUGUCGAAUGUUAUGAAGAUCAUACAAAGAUUAUGCCAUGAAAAGAGCUGCAAAAUGCCAGAGUUUCAAGCUUUUCUUAAUGACCUCCCUGAUAAUGACUUCAACACUAUUUUCAAAUCGAUUCCAUCGUUCUAUCAGAGUCUCAAAGAUGGAGCAAAUUGUUUCGUAUCAGGCGUUCCAGGUUCCUUUUAUGAGCGGAUAUUCCCUAGUAAAAGCUUGCACUUGGUUCACUCAUCUUACAGUCUUCAUUGGCUCUCUCAGGCUCCAGAAAAUAUCGAGAACAACAACAGCAUAUACAUAACAAGGACAAGUCCUCCUCAAGUAUUUGAAGCCUACUUGAAGCAACUUGAUAAGGAUUUCUCAAGGUUUCUGCAAUUACGCUCCGAGGAAAUAGUAACUGGUGGACACAUGCUUAUAACAGUUAUGGGAAGGAGCAUUCGUGAUCCCUAUGGACAUCACUGUGCCUUUUUGGAUCUUCUAUCAAAGUCACUCAUUGAAUUAGUACAAGAGGGACUUAUUGAACAGGCAGAGCUAGACUCCUUUAAUUGGCCUUUUUAUGCACCAUACAAGGAUGAAGUUGAAACGAUUGUUCAUUUGGAAGGUUCAUUUGAUAUUGAUACCCUAGAGUUUUUCCAAGUGAACUGGGAUGAUCGGGCCAACGACGACGACAUUUAUUUUGAUGCCUACAGCAGUGGUAAACAUGUAGCAAGAACCAUUAGAGCUGUUGCAGAACAAAUGCUCGUUAGCCAUUUCCAAUUUGGAGAGUCCAUUGUUGACUAUUUGUUUGAGAGAUAUGCCUACCAUGUGGCUUGUCAUUUGUUGGUUCAAAAAGGUAAAUUCUUCAACAUUGUCAUAUCUUUGAGAAAGAAAUGACAAAAGACAAUAGGAUGCUGCAGAUCCAAGUACCACACUAGUGAAUUCUGGCUUAUUAAGCUGUUAAAGUUAUUUAUUUUAUGUUAAUCUCAUGAUUUAUCUGUACUCAGAUCUUUAGCCUCAUGAUUUAUCUGUACUCGGAUCUCCUAAAUGGAAGAUACAUGCUAUGGAAGUGGUUGUAGUUUACUAUAUUUCUGAGUUGUGAGCAUUCCAAAUCUUUCAUGUAGUGACAGUUCGUUGUUAAGG